AUGAAAGUUAUUUAUGCAUUAAAUACAAAAGCCGAUGAACACGACGCAAUAGUUGCUAAUUUAAAACAAUCAUUUGAACAGGAAAAAUCUAGUUUAGCAAAUAAUGCAUCAUCUAGAAUCGAUGAUUUACUUUGUCGUGUUGAAAAACUUUCAUCAAUUAAAAAUACCCAAACUUCUCUAUUUGAAAGUAAAAUUCAAAUGCUCGAAAGUGAACGACAAAACCAAGCUAAUGAAAUCUUACGUGUUCAACAAACAGCUAUUGAACAUGAACAUGAAAUAGUUGAAGAUUUUCGUCAGAAAAUUUCUAAUAUGAAACAAAAUAUCAAUGUAAUAAAACAAUCGUAUGAUGAACGUUUAUCGGCUAUUAAUAAAGAACAAAAACAAACAUUGGAACAAAUUCGUGAAGGACAUGAAUUAGAAAUUUCGAAUUUAAAAUCUGAAUUAAAACAAUUAUUUGAUAUUGAAGCAGAAGCACAAACAAAAUUUUAUUUACAGACAAUUGAAGAUUUAAAACGUGAACAUAAUGAUUUAUUAAUGAAACAAAAAAAUCAACAAAUGACACAAGCUGAAUUAGGACAAGAAUACCAAAAGGAAAAAACUCAAUUAGAAAAACAAAUUCAAAUGCUUCAAGAUCAAAUGGAACAAAUUAAACUUAAAUCUCAAUUGGAAUUUGAUGAACAGAAAAAUCAAUUCGAUGUAAAAAACAAUGAAUAUGAAAGGUUACAAAGUGACUUUGAACAGUAUAAAUUAAUUUUUAAUGCGAAUUCUAAUGAUAUGAGUGAACUUAAUCAGCAGUUAAUGAAACAACGUAAUGAAUAUGACGAAUUAAAAAAGAAAUUAGACAAAACUAAUCGUGAAAUGACUACAGUCAAAGAACGAUUUAAUCGGCAAGCUACUGAACUCGAAGAUAAAUUAAAACUAAUCAAAGAUAAAGAUUCUGCUAGUCGACAAUUAGAAGAUGAGUUAACAAAUAGUCGUAAAGAAUUAGAAUUAACAAAACAACGUCUACAAAAAAUUGAAGAAGAUAAACAUGCUCAAUUGUCUCAUUCCGAAUCAACAACAAAUUAUCUCGAACAACGUAUUCAUGAAUUGGAUAAAACAAUUCAUCAAUUAUCAGUUGAAAAACAACAAACUAUGUUGAAAUAUGAUCGGGAAUUAACCGAUCUACGUGAAACUUAUGAAAAUCAAGUUACAUUAUGUAAAGAAGAAAUGCAACAUGAACUUGAUCGAUUAACUGAACAUUAUCAACAAUUAUCAAGCGAUGAACAAACGCGAGCACGUACAAAAUUACAGCUCAGGGAAAAAGAACUUCGUCAAGAAUUUGAAACUGAAAAAUCAAAUCUUCUUGCCCAAUGGACAAAUGAAGUUAAUUUAACUAAAACUGAACAUAAAGAAGUCAACCAACAAUUAAAUCAAUUGAAAGAAAAUUAUACUAAACAAAUCGAUGAAUUAAAACAACAAUUGAACGAUAAUGAAAAUGAAUAUUCAAUUAUUCAAAAACAAUUCCACGACGCUCAAUCAUUGAAUUAUGAAUUUAAAAAACAAAUUGAACAACUUCAGUUGGAUGUCGAACAACAAUUAAAAACAAUUGAACGAUUUAAAGUUGAAUCAAAUGAUUUAAAACAGCAAUGUCAUGAUUUAGAAAUCAAUUCAACAACUGAAUUAAACGAUAGACUAGAAAAGUUAACAUCAGAAUUGAAUGAUAAAUGGUCGAAAAAAUUCAAAUCUGACUAUGAAAAAAUUCGAAGAGAACUUACUCAACAAAAAAAUGAAGAAAAAUUGAAAGCAAUUGAUGAAUUACAAAGACAAAAAGAUAAAGAAUUAACGUCGGCACAAAAUCAAAUUGAUCAACUCGAACAACAAUUACAAAAAGUACAAAGUCAACUUGCCACUAUACAACAAAAAUCUAAAGAAGAAAGUUUAAUGGCACUGCAAAAUGCUAAUGAAGAUAAACGUCGUACGAUUAAUGAAUUUCAAAUGCGCAUUCAAGAUUUAACAACACAAAUUCAACGGCUGGAGGGUAAAAAUCAAGAAGAUUUACUUCAACAAAAAUUACAGUUAGGAAAAGAACAUAUUAAUCAAAUGAAUGAAUUAAAAUCUCGACAAAUGGAAGAUAUACGUGGUCAACAGCUUGCUUAUAAUACUCAUUUAGAAGCAGUUCGUGCUGAUCAUGAACGAGCAUUAGCAUUAGAAAUCGAAAAACAAACCAUUCAACAACAAUCAAAUAUAGAACAAUUACGAAAAGAAAUAUCUCGAACACAUUCAAAUGAAUUAGAAGAAAAAGAACGAGCUCACGGAAAAGAAUUAGCUGCAAUUCGUCUUCAAUUAGAUCGUGCUCUUGAAAUAAAUAAAAUAAAAGAACGUGAAGCUGACAUACGUAUUGAAGAUCUUACAAGUGACCUUAAUAUAAAACAAUCACGUAUUGAUCAUUGUCUCAGAGAUUUAAAUGAUCUGCAAGAUCAAAUUGAACAAUUACGUUCUGAUGUUGAACUACGUAGUAAAGAAUUACAACGUGUUCGAAAUGAAACGCAAAAAGAGAUCAAACAUCGUGACGAUAGAUUACGUAGUGAGAACGAAGAAAAAAUUCGUGAUCUUACACGAACCCAUGAAAAUGAACAAAAACAACUAUUAGACGAAUUUUCAAAAGCACAUGACUUACUUAAACAACGAAUUGGCGAACUUCAGUUAAAACUUGAUCAAGCUGACGAACGAUAUCGUAAUCGUGAAUCAAGAACAGAAGAUUUAGAUUUAAUAACUACACUCCAACAAACAAUUGCUUCUUAUCAAGAACAAUUAAAAAAGAUUCAUGAUGAGAAGAAAUAUCUUAAAAUGGAAUUAAUGAAUAGAGAAACAAAUUUCAAUAAAGUUUUUACCAAUGCUCCAUCUUCCAAUGUCGGUGUAAUGAAUCCUUUGUCUUAUAAUACAAAAUUUGUUCCUCGUAAUUCUGAUGCCUCAUCUUCAUCUCGUAUAAAAUCUCAAUCACCACGGCCAUCAAAACUUGAACCACUAGCAACCAACGGCGAGAUUCCACAUGAUUUAUCAUUGAAUCACAACAAGCCAUUGUUGCCGAAACGUUUUAUUAAAUGA